CUCAGUCACGGGACAGCAUUUUGUUUUACCAAUGAACCUAAAUUAACCCACCUGGGUAACAUAUUUAGGUACCUAGGUAGGCAUAAUAGAGGUAGCACGACAUUCUCGAAUUGGCGGCAAAUACACCCGUGCAUUUUUAUACGUGGUAACCUCCAAGCGACUGGAAGGGAAGGGAAGCCAAACCAUGCCUGGUAUCACCAAGGAUCGCAGGCCUAAAAAGCCCGUGGUGCACUGCGUCGGAAGCCGGCCGCCAUUUGAGCCGCAGAGCCGCUGCAGGGAUGUCUCCGCCCUCCAGGCCGCUGAGGAGCUGCUUUCCAAGGACGACUUUGCGAGCGCGAUCCGUUCCUUCUUCCAAAUACCGGUUGGGGAUGACUAUGUCUACCACGCUCUGGCCAGCGUCAAGCUGGAGGAGGUGCAGCGGGCCGUCGAGGCGGGCGGGGUUGGGGGACGCCAUGCUUGGUAUAGGAGGAGCGAGGACGGUCAACCUCUCCCAUCCCCACCACAACCAGACGUCGAAGCAUACAUCUCCAUCUUCGAUCCAGCAAAAUCCGCCCCCUCGGCGCUAAAGUCCUUCCGCUCCAACGCAAAGAAGGACUCCAUCCGCCUGGCAUGCGCCACCCUCCUAGCCGAAAAGCGCUUCAUCCACCCCGACCUCACCCAACCCCUCACCAUCCCCAAGCUCCGCAAACCCAGCACGACCAACACCACCUCCGCCGACACCCACCCCGCAAACCCUUACCUCACCUUCUGGGCCUGGUCGUGCCGACGCCUGCAGUGGUGCGGCCCGCACCCGACCACGGAGCGAGUGCGCAUGGCGCACCCGGUGCUGCCAGUGCUCAUGCACCACUUUGGCUGCGCCGUGCCGUCGCGCGAGGCCCUCGAGGUCCUGCGCGUCCUGGCCGCCGGCCGGACCGUCGCCGACCUCGGCUCCGGCAACGGCUACUGGUCCUUUAUGCUGCGGUGCCACGGCGUCCCCACCCUGGCCGUAGACAAUGAGCAGUCGCUGUGGCGCGCCAACUGGGUAGACGACACCGUUAUAGACGAUGGCGUUGCGUGGCUGCGUCGCCAGGAGCCGGCUGGUGGGAGGGACUUGGUUUUGUUGCUGGUUUACCCAGUAGUUGGCCAGGAUGGCAAGGGCGAGUUCACCCGCUCCCUCCUAGCCGCGUACACGGGCGACACCGUCGCUGUCGUGGGGACGCAGAACCGCAACGGAUAUACAGGUUUCGCGGGUAUGACCAUGGAUCAGUACAUGGAGCAAGAGGCGGCCAAGGACUGCCCCAGCAGCGAUAAAUGGGUGCGUGUGGCCCAGAUACCACUUCCCAGCUUUGCAGCAAAGGACGAGGCGCUGUUUGUAUUCCAGCGUGGGGAUCGUGCCCCGAGUACAGCUCACGUCUCUGGUUGAUACGCAAAACAGAUUAAUCCUCACUCAACAUGGCGAUUGCUCCCGGAUGGGAUAGUGGUGUAACAUCUGUUCAAUUACCCCAAGUCUUUUUGCAACGUGGCAGAAGGGAUGUCCUCUCAAACGUUGGCCCAAGACACGGUACACUUGCUCAGACUCUGUCGUGCCACCCCUCCCAACUAUCCAAACUAUUUAGACAAAAAUAAGCCACACGGCGGCGUGAUUUGUUCAGGAGAGUCCAGAUAGACGGCCUUGCUGAUGUACAAAAAACAAGCCAGCCCGGGCAAUGGUAUUUCCAAUAACGCCCCGCUUCAACUAACUGCUGUUGGUGACCCCCCACUGUGAUAUGUCACAAACGCUGUUCAAAAAGCACACGCAGGUGAUAAAACACAAAAGCCAAAGAAUAAGCCAACUUAAAAUAUUUGUACACGUGUGUUGUGAGGAUAUCUGCCGGGGGGGCAUGUCUUGCAACGCGAAAAAGAAAUCGCUCUUCCGGUGAUAGCUUCGGAUCGAACCCCGCUAGCCACCGUUCUCGUCGGUUUGUUGUUGAUUUUGUUGUUAAUGAGCGGAAGACGCCAGGCCCUGGCUCCGAAAAGAAAUAAGAGGGUUUUAUCUAGUACUUUUGAUAGGUGACAAGAUGUGAAAGGAAGUUAUGUGCUCACGCCAGCGAUUCUAUUGUAGGCGUCACCUCAUCAGCAGGCAGAAUUGUUCUGUGCGUGGCGAUGAGGAAGCCCUGCCAGCCGUCGAGGCAAAACGGGUGUAUAUAUAAAUGUCAUAAAGUGUGUCGUAAUAUGAUGCCAGACCGAUAUUAGAUGAUGAGGGUUGUCGGUCCCAUCCUUCAC